CAUAGUAUAUAAAAAGACAUUGCUCUUAGAAAAUAAAAACGUGAGGCUGUGUUGUGGUAAGUAUAAACAUGGAAGACUUUGUAGAUCAGCCAUUGUUGAAGAAACAAUAUUAUCAUGAAAACUGUCCUGGUUGUAAAGUGGAUCAAGCCAAGGAAUUGGAAAAGGAUGUUACAUUCAGAAAUCUUUUCAAUAUAUGGAUUGUUGUUUUAUGCAGCACUCUUCCUAUAGCAUCUCUAUUUCCUUACCUUUAUUUCAUGGUAAAGGAUUUUCAUAUUGCUGAAACAGAAGAAGAUAUCAGUUCCUAUGCUGGUUAUGUAGGAUCUGCAUACAUGCUUGGUAGAGCUUUGACUUCCAUUUUGUGGGGAAUGGUGGCCGAUCGCUAUGGUCGAAAACCUGCUGUUAUUGCAGGAAUUAUUUCGGUUGUAAUUUUCAACACACUAUUUGGUCUUUGCAAAAGUUUUUGGAUGGCGGUUUUAAUGAGAUUUGCUCUUGGAGGUUUAAAUGGUUUGCUAGGACCAAUGAAGGCUUAUUCUUCUGAAAUUUUUCGAGAAGAGUACCAAGCUUUAGGACUGUCAACCGUUGCAGCUGCUUGGGGAGUUGGUUUGGUCUUCGGACCAGCAUUGGGAGGUUACUUGGCUCAGCCAGUUCAAAAAUAUCCAAAUAUAUUUCUUAAGGGUUCCUUUUGGGAUAAGUUUCCCUACUCCCUGCCUAGCUUCAUUAUAUCAGCUAUGGCACUUGUUGUUGCAAUUUCUUGCAUUUGGCUACCGGAGACGCUUCAUAACCACAAAGUAUCCACUAACAAAAUUGAAUCAUUAGUAAAUGAAACCAAUGAGGCUGACAAAAACAAGAUGAUCCAAAAAGAUGAAAGCCUCCUAAGAAAUUGGCCCUUAAUGUCAUCUAUUAUUGUAUAUUGUGUUUUUGGAAUCCAUGACAUUGCUUUUACAGAGAUUUUCUCAUUAUGGACCGUAAGUCCUCGAAGGUUGGAUGGUUUGAACUUUGAAACUAAUGAUGUUGGCAAUAUUCUUGUAGCAUCAGGUAUAGUUAUUAUAAUAUUUCAGCUUGGCAUAUACCAAUCGGUCCAAAAAAUUUGUGGACCUAUUGUCCUUGCUCGCAUCGCAGGAGUGUUAUCGAUACCAGUCUUGCAAAGCUUCCCCUUCAUGACAAUGUUGUCAGGAUUCACGUUGUACAUAUCAACAUGUAGUGCUGCCAUUUUAACGAAUCUUUUUAUUGAAAUAAUUUGUACUGGUUUAUUCAUUCUGCAAAAUAAAGCAGUGGAUCAACACCAAAGAGGCGUAGCAAAUGGCAUUUGCAUAACUACUAUGUCAGCAUGCAAGGUGAUUGGUCCAACUGCAGGUGGUGCAAUAUUAACUUGGUCACAAAAACGGAUGCAUGCUUCUUUCCUCCCAGGCCCUCAUGUUGUCUUCUUCGGGCUCAAUGUUGUCGAAGGAAUUGCAUUAUUGUUGACAUUCAAGCCAUUCUUGACUGAAAGAAAAUCACCUUUAUGACAAUUGUAUUGAUUGUAAUAAAAUUUUCUUAAAAGGUGAAACAUGUUAAAAGGUGAAAAUGUUAAGGUUUAUUGUAUGGAAAUCAACAUUUUUUUAAUAGGCAAUUCUAUUAGAAUGGAGCAUAAGUGAUACUCCACCUGGGAAACAAACAAAAAAACACUUACUUCCUAAAACAAAGGAGAGGAAGAGUGUUCCAAGAAUAAAAAUUACAACCAUCCACAAGAAUACAAAAAGAAGACAACCAAAACUACGAUCUUAAAACAAUGAUCGUCAUACAAUCAUCAAAUUUGAACAUCGCGCCUUUGAAAAUGACCUCAUUGCGAGUCAAUCAUAAACUCCACAAUGUUUCUAGCCAAAUAACUGUGAAGGAUAACAAUGUUAUAGAAACUGGAAUAUUUGUUGCUAAUGAAUACCCGCAUCAAUUUUGACAACAGUUUAUGAUUUUAUGAAAAUUUACCACUAUUAUUGAGAUUUCAUGAUAGAAUAUACAUAGUAAUGAAGUUUUGGUUUAGUGAAAUAUAAUUCUAUUUGAAUAUUUGAUUUAAUAGGAACUACAUAUGUAAGAUGUAAGAUGGUUUGAGAUCUUUUGGCAUAUGUUUGAG